AUGUCGGAACCAUCUAUUAAACUCAGGACCGCUAAGGAUACGCUGGUGUCUUCGCUGUUCGAACUAUCGAAGUCGGCGAACCAGACGGCGUCGAGUAUCAUCGACUUCUACAACGCGGUGGGCGAAGACGAAGAUGAGAAACUGGAGGCUUUCACCACGCUGACAGAAGCACUGCAGAAGCUUACGUCAGCGACGAAUCAAGUGCAGGUGGUGAGCUCGGAGUUGACGAACCCGCUGGAGGACGACAAGGAGGUGAUCGCGAGCAUCGCGUCGCCUGUGAAGGCGCCCGCGCGCAAGCGCGCGGAGCGCGACCCCAACGCGCCCAAGAAGCCGCUGACGGUGUUCUUCGCGUACUCCGCGUACGUGCGCCAGGCGCUGCGCGAGGAGCGGCAGAAGGCCGGCUUGCCGCCGCUCUCGUCGACCGAGAUCACGCAGGAGAUUUCCAAGAAGUGGAAGGAGAUGAGCGACGUCGAGAAGGACAAGUGGAAGCAGGCGUACAACGUGGAGCUCCAGAACUACCACCUCGAGAAGCUCAAGUACCUGGAGGACAAGAAGAACGGGGUCGCGCCCUCGCAGGACGCGCCCAGCUCCGCGCCCGUGCCCAUCCCAGACUACCUGCAGACGGAGCUGAACGAGUUCGAGCCACCCAAGGAGAAGCGCCCCCACGAGGACGAGGGCAACGGCGGCAGCUCCGAAAAGAAGAAGAAGAAGAAGAAGAAGGACAAGAAGAAGGACAAGCACAGCUCCUCGUGA